CUACCCCACAUUUUCACACUGAUGAACACGCCAAGUGCUCGCUGCUACAUGUGGGCUCCAGCAGACAGCACGCCUAAGCAUCAGUACAUCUACAUCUCCAAAAAGCCCCAGUAAAUCCGUCGCCAAUUCCUAAAAACCUGCACACGGAUUAAGACAUACAGUCAUGAAGACGAGACUUGGUUGCCUAUCCAACAAAUCUGACUCAUGCAGUGACAUUUCAGAAUGUUUACCUCCCCGAACAGUACGAUCAAACCGAUACCUGAAGUUAUCUACAGACGAAGUGGCCAAAUGGACAGAUUCGUUCGAUUUUCUCCUGUCAAACAAGUAUGGUUUGGCAGCGUUCAGAGCAUUCCUUAAAACAGAGUUCAGUGAUGAGAACAUUGAGUUCUGGUUAGCUUGUGAAGACUACAAAAAGAUCAAGUCACCUGCUAAGCUGGUGUCAAAAGCCAACAAGAUCUACAAGGAAUUUAUUGAAGUUCAAGCACCAAGAGAGGUUAACAUAGACUUUAAAACUAGAGAAGAGACCAGGCAAAAACUCCUGGAACCAACAUCCUCUAGUCUCAAUGCGAUCCAAACUAAGGUCUACAGCCUGAUGGAGAAAGAUUCCUACCCUAGGUUUCUUCGAUCAAAAUUCUACCAAGAGAUCGUCAACAGGACAGAGAUGCACUGUCAGAGGAAGUCAGUUUAAGGAGGAGUCUCUGUGUUGUUUUUGCUUGUGUUGCUAAAAUCCUAUUGAGAUGUUAGAGCAGACCUUUACUGUUAUACAUAUUGAGUUUGACUGAAUAUGCAUUGUAGAACUGUGAAGCUUGUUUACACUUGAAUAGAAUACACAGCAUAACCUGUUACUUUGCUCCUCUUUCCCAACGCUAAUGCAGAUGAAUUUAUGAAUUUAUGUAUGUAAAAGCAUGUGGAUUGAAACUGAUCUUCAUUUGUGGUGUAGCAAUUCAGAACAGAUUUGUGAUUUCCUAUAAUUUUUUUCCUAUUCUAUUGAGUUUAUAAUUAAAAAUAAAUAAAUAAAUAAAACUGAGUCAGAUCUUUAACAAAAACAGAAUAAGAGUGCAAAACAAUCUAGAACAAAUGUUUACAUGUCUGUAGAUUUGGAAAAUUUGUACUAUUUACAUAUACAUUUUUUUCGAAAUGUGUCAUGAGAUUUGUUAUUACUGAUAUAUUACCAAGGUUCUAUUAAAUGUUUUAUCAUGA